CACUCACCAGCAAUAACGCACCUCAUGCUCGAAACGGACUGCUGAUUGGCAUCGCGGGGCGCACUGACAACGGCUUCACUACGAUUGGCCCCGCCACGAAUCCGGGGCUGGUUCCAUGGCACCUGCUGGAGGCGCGGGCUCCCCUCGGGCUACGGCGUCUGUUUGCCGGCGCGGGUUCUGUCGGCUCAAACCGCCAUGGCCGUGCCAGGCCGUCGACAACCACCACAGUCCUCCCCACGGCCAGUGUCAGCCGGGGGUGACGAAGAAGGACACUUCGCCUUCCCAAUUUUCCUCUUUGGAGAGACCGAUCUCGUCGCGACUGUCGAAGUAAGCACUCCAACAUGAAGUCUCGCGUCAUGCGAAGCAUGCCUCUGCGGAGGGCCGCGUCCGUGGCGACGACGUCAGCAACGACGCGCUCACCCGCCGCGGCCGCUGCCUCUGCCGUCCGCGCCGCCAGCAGCGUCUCACAGCGACCGCAUUCCGACUACGUUUCCUUUCCCGGCGCCCUCAAGAGCGCCUUCACCAGCAACCUCAAGUACGAGGUGCCUGAGUCGUACCAGGCGCUGCCGACGUAUCGCGUCGUCGACCAACAUGGCGAGGUCGUCGACCAGUCCUUCACGCCCGACAUCUCCGACGAGCAGGUCAUCAAGCUGUACAAGGAUAUGCUGUACAUCUCCAUUAUGGACCUGAUCAUGUUUGACGCGCAACGCCAAGGCCGGUUGAGCUUCUACAUGGUGAGCGCGGGCGAGGAAGCCGUCAGCGUGGGGAGCUCGAGUGUGCUGGACCCCGAGGACCCCGUCUACUGUCAGUAUCGCGAGCAGGGUUUCUUCAAGGAAAGGGGCUUCACGACCAAGGAGUUUAUGUCACAGCUAUUUGCCAACAAGAACGAUACUGGCAAGGGAAGGAACAUGCCCAUCCACUACGGCAGCGGCCGGCUCAACAUUCACACCAUCUCCUCGCCUCUUGCCACGCAAAUGCCCCAAGCCUCGGGCGCCGGCUACGCGCUCAGGAUGCAGCGGCUGCAGGACCCCAAUUCCAAGCCCAAGGUGGCCAUCUGCUUCUUCGGAGAAGGCGCGGCCAGCGAGGGCGACUUUCACGCAGCCAUGAACAUUGCCGCGACGCGGUCGUGCCCCGUCGUUUUCAUCUGCCGCAACAACGGCUACGCCAUCUCGACGCCGACGCUGGAGCAGUAUCGGGGCGACGGCAUCGCCAGCCGGGGCAUCGGCUACGGCAUCGACACGAUCCGCAUCGACGGCAACGACAUCUGGGCCGUGCGCGAGUCGGUCAAGAAGGCGCGCGAGAUGGCGCUUCAGGACGGCGGAAAGCCGGUGCUCAUCGAGUGCAUGACGUACCGCGUGUCGCACCACAGCACGUCGGACGACUCGUUUGCGUAUCGUGCCCGCAUCGAGGUGGAGGACUGGAAGCGCCGCGACAACCCCAUCACGCGGCUACGCAAAUGGAUGGAGGCCAAGGGCUGCUGGGACGAGACCAAGGAGAAGGAGACGCGUGACGUGCUACGCAAGGAGAUCCUGCGAGGCUUCUCCGAGGCGGAGAAGGAGAAGAAGCCCGCGCUGCGUACCAUGUUCGAGGACGUCUACGAGGACUUAACGGACGACCUCAAGAGCCAGAUGUCGGAGCUCAAAGACAUGCUGGACAAGUACCCUGACGAGUACGACGUGUCCGAGUACGACGGCGGUAAGGACUCUCUGAAAGUGUAAAAAAGGGCCUGAUUGUGAGGCGUCCACCUAACGAAGGCUUGAGAGGGCAUCGCUGAGUCGUGCUGGUGCCGGGUGAAGAGCAGAGUUGGGCAACCUCCGUGGAUGAAAUGAGUGUACAUAGCGUGCGCGCUGGGCGACUUGGUAAUAGACUCGUUAAGACAGGC